AUGACAAUUGAGAGGUUUCAUUUGGGCGUUGGUGUACUCAAUAAUCGUCUAUACGCUGUUGGUGGUUUUGCAAAUGAAAUGUCUGAGUGUCGUCAAGGUGUUGGUGUAGGGGUUUUGGAUGGUCUUAUGUACGCAAUUGGUGGCUAUAAUGGAAGGGUGUAUCUUAAAAGUGUUGAGGUUUAUAGACCAAGUGAUGGAGUUUGGUCUUCUAUAGCUGAUAUGAAUUUAUGCCAAUGUUUACCUGGAGUAGCCGUAUUAGAUGGUUUAUU